UACGAGUGACGUGAUGGCACGGAGGAGUUGGGCUUAACACGUUAUAAAGCUCCUCUGUCCGCGGCGAGCCACUCUUUUAAAGACGGCUGUGGCUGAAACUUCUCCUCCUGGAAGCAAACUAGAAAACCUCAACAUUGCUGUGCACCAUGAGCGAGAGACAAGGAUCUGGAGCAACUGCUGGCAACAACAAGACCUCUGCGGAACAAGAUGCUUCCAAGACGGACGUCCCGGAGGAUUUUGACAUCGACAUGGAUGCCCCAGAGACCGAGAAGGCAGCGGUCACCAUCCAGUCCCAGUUCAGGAAGUUCCAGAAGAAGAAGCGAGAUGAUGACAAGUCCUAGUGAGCGCUUCGUUGCUCCGUCACUGUGCGCAGGGAUGGCAGGUGGAAGCGAAGGCACAGUGGCAACGGUGUGAAAUUUGCAUGUAAACAAAUUCAUACCUGUGGAAACUCCCGGGGGUUGUGACAUGGUUUUGGGGGAGGGGGUGCUGUUAGUCACAUGAUAUGUCUGCGAAUUCUCAUUAUCCUGUUAUUAUAAUGACAGUUAUUUAUUAUUUUGACUGAUGUAUUAAUACCUAAUAGAGGGAGUAACAAAUAUCUGGUUUAUAUCCUGCCAUAUAUGUUUCAUAUAUCAUAAAGUCUAGCUUGUGUUUGUGUUAGAAUAUGUUUUUGUACUUGUCCUCAUACCUUCACAAUCCCUUUCUGUACGGCUUAGGACAAUGUUUCCUGAAAAGCACUUGUACUUUGCGAGUUAAUGGAGCGAGAGCUGAUGUUAGAGUUAAGGUGUUUUUUUAGAAGACUUAGCCUGGACCAUUUCAUUGACCCAGAGGCAUUUUUCUUACCUGCAUGGUACUAUCAAAACUGUCUAUCAUUGUACAUUGAAUAAAUAAAAACUAUGUGU